AGGUCCCGGGCUGGAGGGUAGGGGCGAGGGUCCCCGCAUACCGAGUCUAUCACAGUCUCGGGCAGCGGUCUGAAUCUUUUAGGGGAGUGGGCCCAAGCCGGGUGCAAAGAACGGGGAAGGGCCUUCCCUGGCUCCGUCCCGGCCACUUUGACCGAAUCAGCCUGUUCUUUCCCGACCCCGUCUCCUAUCCCGUAGAACUGCCACGUGGGGAUGAGAUUUGCUGGGCGGGUAGCGGCGGCGGCUGCUGCGGGAGGUCCCGCCCACGUGAAGCCAGCCUAACUGAGCUCUGGACUUUGGGGACAGCUGUCAGUGGCCUAGGCCGCAGGGCACCAUGAAGCAGCUGCCAGUCUUGGAACCUGGAGACAAGCCCAGGAAAGCAACAUGGUCUGUACACCUUGACUCUCCCUGGAGACAGCCCCUGUGCUCGAGUUGGCCACAGCUGUUCAUAUUUACCCCCAGUUGGUAAUGCCAAGAGAGGGAAGGUCUUCAUUGUUGGGGGAGCAAAUCCAAACAGAAGCUUCUCAGACGUGCAUGCCAUGGAUCUGGGAAAACACCAGUGGGACUUAGUUACCUGCAAGGGCCUCUUGCCCCGGUAUGAACAUGCUAGCUUCAUUCCCUCCUGCACACCUGACCGUAUCUGGGUAUUUGGAGGUGCCAACCAAUCAGGAAAUCGAAAUUGUCUACAAGUCCUGAAUCCUGAAACCAGGACGUGGACCACGCCAGAAGUGACCAGCCCCCCACCAUCCCCAAGAACAUUCCAUACAUCAUCAGCAGCCAUUGGAAACCAGCUAUAUGUCUUUGGGGGCGGAGAGAGAGGUGCCCAGCCUGUGCAGGACACGAAGCUGCAUGUGUUUGACGCAAACACUCUGACCUGGUCACAGCCAGAGACACUUGGAAAUCCUCCAUCUCCCCGGCAUGGUCAUGUGAUGGUGGCAGCAGGGACAAAGCUCUUCAUCCACGGAGGCUUGGCAGGGGACAGAUUCUAUGAUGACCUCCACUGCAUUGAUAGAAGUGACAUGAAAUGGCAGAAGCUAAAUCCCACUGGGGCUGCUCCAGCAGGCUGUGCUGCCCACUCAGCUGUGGCUGUGGGAAAACACUUGUACAUCUUUGGUGGAAUGACUCCUGCAGGAGCACUGGACACGAUGUACCAGUAUCACACAGAAGAGCAGCAUUGGACCUUGCUUAAAUUUGACACUUUUCUACCCCCUGGACGAUUGGACCAUUCCAUGUGUAUCAUUCCAUGGCCAGUGACGUGUGCUUCUGAGAAAGAAGAUUCCAACUCUCUCACUCUGAACCAUGAAGCUGAGAAAGGGGAUUCAGCUGACAAAGUAAUGAGCCACAGUGGUGACUCACAUGAGGAAAGCCAGACUGAUACACUGCUCUGUUUGGUGUUUGGCGGGAUGAAUACAGAAGGGGAAAUCUAUGAUGAUUGUAUUGUGACUGUAGUUGACUAAUAAAACCCACAUUUUUAUUACCUGUCA